UCAGAAUUGUCGUGAAUCGCUUCCGAGUUACGCCAGUGUUCUCCAACUGCUUCCUCCCGAAUCGCCGCUUUACCCAUUCCCACCCUAUGACAUAUAUUUUUGGAAUACAAUAACACGAAAUGACGUAGAUUUAAAUCAUGAAGAUGCUUCAUGUAUUUAACCCACUACGAAAGUCUGGCAGUGACACAUGUCUCUCUCCCGAUAACCCUCAACACUGGAAACGUUUAGCGAUCAGAAGACAACCUCCUCCCGAUGUUCCCGACCCUUCAGCCCCCAAUGCUCCAUCCUUGCCUAUCCCAGAAGUUAAGGUGGAACGCUCGUUCAGUGCUGGUACCUUAGUUUGCGACAGUGAUGAAGAAGAAGGGUCAGAGAGCAGAACUCUGGGGGUCCCAGGAACCAUGUGGAGGACACGGAGUGAGUCUCAUUUGGACUCGGGAGGAAGGGUAGAGACCCUUGGGCAAAAGGAGAAGUCUAGCAGUGGAUGGAGCUUGCCAUCACCAAAGACACUAAGGAAGAAGAGGAGAGCUGCAAAGGUCACCGCUGCAAAACAAAAUCUCUUGUCGUUUUUUAUGGGAUCCUUUAAGUCGCUGGCUUCCAGUGUAGAAACAGAUAUUGGGUCUGUGUGUGAAACUGACAGAGCGCCAAGACACAAAAAGAAGGAACAGAAGCACAAAAGAAGUCAUUUGUCUCUGUUCCGGCUGUGGCCGUCGCACUCGUCUCACAUUACCCGGCCAAAUAUAGAAGAUAUUCAGAACUGGGCACAGUCACUUGAGAAUCUCAUUUCUCACCCAUAUGGGCGCGCUGUCUUUCGUGUGUUCUUACAGUCAGAGUUCAGUGAUGAGAACCUGGAUUUCUGGUUGGCUUGUGAAGAUUAUAAGGAAACGCACCCGAACUUUAUCCUGCACAGCAAAGCGCGCAAGAUCUAUCAGCACUACAUUGCAUUUCAGUCUCCUAAAGAGGUCAACCUAGAUGCUAGCACAAGAGAGUUGACCGAACGCAGCCUUCUUGUCCCGACACGUACGACCUUCGACGAGGCCCAACGUAGGAUCUACGGCCUAAUGGAGCGAGACUCCUAUCCCCGGUUUCUGCGCUCCGACCUCUAUCAGAGCAUGCUCCACCCUCCUAACGGGGCAUGCUGAGGGAAGAGGAAGGCAUGGCGACCCAGGGGAUGAAAAGGAGACCGCCUGAGCUUCCCACUACGGGAACAGGCUUUCAGACGUUGAAUGGACCAAAUACGAAAGGUCAUUUUAAAGGACUGCAUGACCCAUGUUGAGGUGGGUUCAGUGAUGCCAAAGCCUGUCAGGAGUGGCCAUUUUGAUCAAUGAGUAUCUCUUGAAGUAUGCCCCAUUUUGAUCCAGAAUGGACCAGAAUGCUUCUACGCCAUAACCUGCUAGGCUAAGCCAUUUUGGAACUGUAGAGCUUUUGCCUUUUUAGCCAUUUUGAAUCAGACCGGAGUCAUAAAUGGCCAUUUUUGUGAUGUCAGCGCUUGUUGUCUGUGAUAGUGUUGGCUAACCUUAACACUAAUGGAUAUAUGCAGACCAACGGAAAUCGGUUUUUGCCUUGUUGGCUUGACGAUGGCCCCAAGCAUGUAACCGUGGCCACUUUGAACACAAUUAUUUUUCUCUUAAGCCAUCUUUUUUUAAUUUUAGGUACACUGUAAUCCAUUCCAAAGGCUUCACCCUAUUCCGGUGUUUGUUUGGGGGUAACAUUUCCGUUUCCUAAUUUUUUUUAUUUAAUUUUUUUGUAUACAUGUUGUUUUUAUGAUGGAAGGCUAGAAUUUACCAUUGCUUGAAACCUGAGAAUGUUCUGCGGUGGCAGGUUUACUGAUCCAUGUGUCAUAGUAUUCCAGUUGAUGGAAGUCAGCCAUUUUGAACAAUGAUGUCACGCGAGCCGUCUGUCUGACCCAGUGAUGUAAGGUGUACAUUUUUGGAAGGGAAUGCAUGAAAAAUGGAUGGCUCAAAGUGCUGCUCCUUCUUCCCCCCCAAAAUAGUUACCACUCGUAACAGUAUGGAUAACCUUAGAAGCCUUGCGCCUUUUUUCUUUGCACUGUUAAUACCUUUUGCGCCUUCUCUGCCAUCUUAAAAGCCUACAUAUUGAUGCACUGAAGCCAUUUCCCUCUCCCCCUUCACCAUUAUGCACGUUGCUGCCUCAGUUUUAGUGGUCGUGGUAAAUACGGCCCACAUUGCCGUCACCUCUAAACGUUGUCCAUUUUACGUGUGUUUUAAUUGGUUCAUGUGUCUGUAGUCAUCACGUUGAAGAAGUGUCCGCCAUUUUAAGGUCCCUUUUUAGUCAGAGGCCAUGUGUACAUUACUCUUUUGUUACAGCCUGCUACGUCCCCUCAUGACUUCCGUGCUUGAGACCUGUAGAGUAUUGUACGUCAUUUUUUUGUGGCUAGAAGUACGAUAUCAGGAAAAAAAAAUGUGGUUCUUCGUUUGAUGAAGUUUUAAUGUUUUUUAUGAGUAAAUCUGUAAUUAGUCUUAAGCACUGAAUAAAGAUAUGCAGUAUUCG